CCUAUAAGCAAAUAGUGUCCUGGAAAAGGCCUGAUUUCUGUUCAAUGCUUCAUUACGAUGUAAGCUGAACUUGGAAAGGGGUGUACAACCCUGACUUUCCACAGUGGAGUCUCUUGCUUCUCCUGGCUUCUUCAAAUUCACAACCAUAGGGUUGUUGAGGACAGAUCACAAAUACCAUGUCUGACUCGGUAAUUCUUCGCAGUGUAAAGAAAUUUGGAGAGGAGAAUCAUGCUUUUGAAUCAGAUGGAUCACAUAACAAUGAGAAGAAACCAAGGUCACAAGAAAAAAAGAAAGGUGAAGAUGUUCAAGUUGGCUUCUUUGAAUUGUUUCGAUUUUCUUCAUCGGUUGACACUUGGCUGAUGUUAAUGGGAAGUCUGUGUGCAGUGCUCCAUGGAAUGGCCCAGCCAGGCAUACUUCUUGUUUUUGGUAUAAUGAUAGAUAUUUUUAUUGAGUAUGACAUUGAAAGACAAGAACUCGAGAUUCCGGGAAAAGAGUGUAUAAACAACACCAUUGUGUGGAUCAACAGCUCCUUCAACCAGAACAUGACAAAUGGAACACGCUGUGGGUUGGUGGACUUCGAAAGUGAAAUGAUCAAGUACUCUGGCAUCUACGCAGGAAUCGGCGUGGCUGUACUUAUCCUAGGAUACAUUCAAAUAAAAUUUUGGGUCAUCACUGGGGCUCGUCAAAUAAGGAAAAUGAGGAAAAUUUACUUCCGGAGAAUAAUGAGAAUGGAAAUUGGAUGGUUUGACUGCACGUCUGUGGGAGAGUUGAAUUCAAGAUUCUCUGAUGAUGUUAAUAAAAUCAAUGAAGCCAUUGCCGAUCAGAUGGCCCUUUUCAUUCAGCGCAUGACAACAUCCAUCUGCGGGUUCCUGAUAGGGUUCUACAGGGGCUGGAAACUGACCUUGGUUAUUCUUUCUGUCAGCCCUCUCAUUGGGAUCGGAGCAGCCAUCAUAGGUCUGAGUGUGGCCAAGUUCACAGAGCUUGAGCUGAAGGCUUAUGCCAAAGCAGGAUCUGUUGCUGAUGAAGUUAUUUCAUCGAUUCGAACAGUGGCUGCUUUUGGUGGUGAGAAUAAAGAGGUUGAAAGGUAUGAGAAAAAUCUUGUGUUCGCCCAGCGCUGGGGAAUUAGAAAAGGAAUGGUGAUGGGCUUCUUUACCGGAUACAUGUGGUGUCUCAUUUUUCUGUGUUAUGCACUGGCCUUCUGGUACGGCUCCUCGCUAGUCCUGGAUGAAGAGGAGUAUACUCCAGGGACACUGGUCCAGAUUUUCCUCUCUGUCAUAGUAGCAGCUAUGAACUUUGGCCAUGCAUCUUCUUCCUUGGAAAUCUUUGCCACUGGGCGGUCAGCAGCUACCAGCAUUUUCCAAACGAUAGACAGGCAACCCAUCAUUGACUGCAUGUCAGAAGAUGGAUACAAGCUAGAUCGGAUCAAGGGUGAAAUUGAAUUCCAUAAUGUGACCUUCCACUAUCCUUCUAGACCAGAAGUGAAGAUUUUAAACAACCUCAGCAUGGUCAUCAAGCCGGGGGAGAUGACAGCGCUGGUGGGAUCCAGUGGAUCUGGAAAGAGCACAGCACUGCAGCUCAUCCAGAGGUUCUACGACCCCUGUGAAGGCAUGGUGACUCUGGAUGGCCACGACAUUCGCUCUCUUAACACGCGGUGGCUGAGGGAUCAGAUUGGGGUAGUGGAACAGGAGCCAGUUCUGUUCUCUACCACUAUCGCAGAAAAUAUCCGUUAUGGCAGAGAAGACGCAACAAUGGAAGAAAUAGUCCAAGCUGCCAAGGAGGCCAAUGCCUACAACUUCAUUAUGACCCUGCCUCAGCAAUUUGACACCCUUGUUGGAGAAGGAGGAGGCCAGAUGAGCGGUGGUCAGAAACAAAGAGUAGCCAUUGCUCGAGCUCUCAUACGGAACCCCAAGAUCCUGCUUUUGGACAUGGCUACCUCGGCACUGGACAAUGAGAGUGAAGCCAGGGUACAAGGAGCACUGAAUAAGAUUCAGCAUGAGCACACGAUUGUCUCAGUUGCCCAUCGCCUAUCAACAGUCAGAGCUGCAGACGUGAUCAUUGGUUUGGAACAUGGAGCCGCUGUGGAAAGAGGCACCCAUGAAGAACUGUUAGAAAGGAAAGGCGUCUACUUCAUGCUUGUGACCCUGCAAAGCCAGGGAGAUGAAGCCGUCAAAGAAAAGGGUGUAAAGGGAAAAGAUACAAGCAAAGGUGGUCCCCUUGAGAGGACGUUCAUCAGAGGGAGCUAUCGAGAGAGUUUAAGAGCUUCCAUCCGGCAACGUUCCAAAUCUCAGCUUUCUCAUCUGACACAUGAACCCCCGACGGCGAUUGGUGAUCACAAAUCUACUUAUGAAGACAGCAAGGACAAAGACGUGCUUGAGGAAGAAGUUGAGCCUGCUCCCGUUAGAAGGAUUCUGAAAUUCAAUGUUCCAGAGUGGCACUACAUGCUGGUGGGAGCUUUGAGUGCAUCUAUCAAUGGGGCAGUCACACCCAUCUACUGCUUUAUAUUCAGCCAGAUCCUCGGGAUUUUUUCACUCCCUGAUAAAGAAGAACAAAGGUCAGAGAUUUAUCACAUGUGUCUAUUUUUUGUCGUCCUGGGCUGUGUGUCCAUAUUCACACAGUUUCUGCAGGGUUAUACUUUUGCCAAAUCUGGGGAGCUCCUUACAAAGAGGCUACGUAAAUUUGGUUUCAAAGCAAUUUUAGGACAAGACAUUGGCUGGUUUGAUGACCUCAGAAACAACCCUGGAGUACUGACAACUAGACUUGCUACAGAUGCCUCCCAAGUUCAAGGGGCUGCUGGCUCUCAAGUUGGGACAAUGGUCAAUUCCUUCACUAACAUCAUUGUGGCCGUGAUCAUUGCCUUCCUCUUUAGCUGGAAGCUCAGUCUGGUCAUAUCAUGCUUCUUCCCCUUCUUGGCUUUAUCAGGAGCCUUGCAAACGAAAAUGUUGACAGGAUUUGCAUCUCAAGACAAGCAAGCUCUGGAGAAGGCUGGCCAGAUCACCAGUGAAGCCCUCAGCAGUAUCCGCACUGUGGCGGGCAUUGGCGUGGAGAGGAGGUUUAUCAAAGCGUUUGAAGCUGAGCUGGAAAAGUCAUACAAAACAGCUGUCAGGAAGGCGAACAUCUAUGGCCUCUGCUUUGCCUUUUCGCAGGCCAUAUCAUUUUUUGCAAGUUCCUCUGGCUAUAGAUAUGGAAGUUACUUAAUUGCCGAGGAAGGGCUGCAUUUCAGCUUUGUUUUCAGGACGAUCUCUUCAGUUAUGAUGAGUGCAACAGCUGUUGGAAGAACCUUCUCUUAUACCCCAAGUUUUGCCAAAGCUAAAAUAUCAGCUGCACGCUUUUUUCAGCUGCUAGACCGAAAGCCUCCAAUUAGUGUAUACAGUGGAGCAGGUGAAAAGUGGGGCAACUUCCAAGGGAAGAUCGACUUUAUUGACUGCAAAUUUACAUACCCUUCUCGACCUGAUAUCCAAGUUCUGAAUGGUCUCUCUGUGUCUGUGGAUCCAGGACAGACCCUGGCUUUUGUUGGAAGCAGUGGGUGUGGCAAAAGCACCAGCAUUCAGCUGUUGGAACGGUUCUAUGACCCUGAUCAGGGAAAGGUGAUGAUAGAUGGCCGCGACAGCAAAAACGUCAACGUUCAGUUCCUCCGUUCAAACAUUGGAAUCGUUUCCCAGGAGCCAGUGCUGUUCGACUGCAGCAUAAUGGACAACAUCAAGUAUGGGGACAACACCCAAGAGAUCUCCAUGGAGAGAGUCCUCGCUGCCGCGAAGCAGGCUCAGCUGCACGACUUCGUCAUGUCCCUCCCAGAGAAAUAUGAAACUAAUGUUGGGAGCCAGGGCUCUCAGCUGUCUCGAGGGGAGAAACAGCGCAUUGCUAUUGCUCGGGCCAUUGUCCGAGAUCCUAAAAUCUUGCUACUAGAUGAAGCCACAUCUGCCCUAGAUACAGAAAGUGAAAAGACUGUGCAGGUUGCUCUGGACAAAGCCAGAGAGGGUCGGACCUGUAUUGUCAUUGCCCAUCGCUUGUCUACCAUCCAGAACUCAGACAUCAUCGCCGUCAUGUCACAAGGGGUGGUGGUUGAAAAAGGGACCCAUGAAGAACUGAUGGCCCAGAAGGGAGCAUACUACAAGCUGGUCAGCACCGGAGCCCCCCUCAGUUGACCCGACUCAGGACCCUCACACACAGAUAAUAAUGGAUCAAGUCCAGGAGGGCUGCAGGUUGUGGUACUUCUACAGAGAAUCAUUAAUGUUUUACAGAUAUCAUCAUGCACUGGGAUCUAAGCUAAUUUCGAGUGACCUUCAGUAAUAAUUCAGUUUGAAAUGUCUAUGUAGAAAAGAGAGAACCUAGGGUCAGAGUGAGUGAAAAUCCAAGGUCAGGCAGCCACUCACCUACUACCAGUGAUGCUCUGGGUGGGAGCUGAUCGUUGUCAUCAUCAGGACUUAGUGAGAGGACAUGGAGUCCUCCUCUGGGACAGAGAACUAGCUUUUGACUUGUGAAAGCUCCUUGUGCACUGAGCCUGCUGAGUGAUCCGCACUCAACAGUUGUUGGAAACAGAUCAAGGUCAAGAACAGAGGACAUAAGGCUAUUGGUAUUUCUUGAUUAAGGUUUAUUUGUUUUCUAUAGGGAAGCAAAUCCAUUUACCUCUGAUCCCGUGGGUACAGAAAGGAGCACUUUCACAUUCUGGAAUCUCUCAGGCUGGGGGAGGGAGGGCAAAAGUGAGCUAAGGAAUAGAAGAGGUUACCCGUCAGGUGUACUGACCUAGACUGGAGACUCAGGGUGUUGGUGUCAUCACACACCACAGCUGGAUCUGCCAGUGUGGAGCAGGACUGUCUUCCCGGACGUCUACUCUUCAUUCCCUGGCCCUGUAUCGCCCGAUGUCCCUUAUUCCUAUGAAGUCCUAGUCAUGGAGUGGAAAUGCACCAGCUUCCGAAGUUGUUACAUAAUAAUCUAGUUAAACAUUGUAGAGAAACAUCCACGUUUGUCAUUUUCUUCAGAAUACCACUAAACACCACUUCUUAUGGUAUCAAAGAAGGCAUGUAGCCUCAGCAAUAAAGAAAAUUUCAAAAUCAUGCCAGGAAAGAAAAAAAAUGUGUGAGCUAAAUUUGUGACAAUGGAUUUCAAAGACGAGAGAAAACUGACAUGUCAUCUGUUAGCUGGGCAAAGCCUGGAGGCACUUGCCUACCACAGGCCCCUGGGAAAGGCUAGGAUAAAAAAUUUUAAGGUUCCUUCUGGAAGGAGGAGGCAGAGAGACAGAUGAGCCCAAAGUUAGACUUCUUACACAGGCUGAAAACCUGUGUAAAUUCUGUGAAGCAGGCUGACAGUCCUUGUCCAGUUAGUUCCACACGAACACCAGCUCCUGCCUCCCUUGCCCACAGGCAGGCUUGAGUGCAGGGACAUAAACUACAGCUGAAGGGGUGAGUCAUCUGCAAGAGAUGAGGGACUAGGUAGGAGAUUUCAGAUGAACAGAAAAUCGUGCAGCUGCCCUGUCUGGCAGGGCAUCAAAGAAUUACUCUCUGGCUGGAGCAAUUGGUCAGUAUAAAAAAAUGAAAGGUCUAUGGUCUGGUGCUAGGGAGACAGCAAGGAAAAUUCCCUGUCCACCCACCACCCUACCCUGAAGUCCAACAACAUGCUGCCACUGAGGCUGCUCUUCUCUGGCUGUUCAGUGUGUGUCUCUCUCUCAGGAGGACACAGACAGGCUAGGAUCAGUAGGAUACACUUUAACACGUAAAGCAAAAGCUACCACAACAGAGCACCAGGGGAAAGGAAGUGACAGGUAAGAGACCAAGCAGAGCUUAGGAAAACACUGAGGUGAGACAAGACAGUUCCGUCUAUUCAAAUAAAAAUAGGGGUCUAUGAAAAUGACUACACACACACACACACACACACACACACGCACGCACGCACGCACGCACAUGCAUGACACUCACAUGCACGACACUCACAUGCAUGCACACACACAUGAAUACAUUAUACAUACACACACAUUAAAUAUGUAGAAAACAGCUCAUGAUAAAGAAAUGAAAAAUUAAAUAGCAGGACAGCUCAAGGCCUGGGCCAUCCUGUCAUGGCAACACCUCCUCUCUUCCAUCUUCCUCCCAAGUCCAUCCUGCUUGUAAUUUCAUCUGCCCGUGCCCCCAAUGAACAUCUGCAGAGAGAGGAAGACUGAGCUGGGAUGUUUUGAAGUGGACGAUUAUUGUCGCUGCUGUUAUUUGUCAUUUGGUAUUUCCUGGCACAUAACCGCAAAGGUGGGUUAGCAGGUUAACCUGAAAGGUCAGAAUUGCUGAAAGUGCCACGCCGGGGAGGCAGAGGGUGGAGGAACGCCUCGAGUUAUGGAAAAGAACCCGGACAAGUAUGUUUCAGGAUAAGUGACUGCAAGGAACUAAGCCCUGUAGUAAACACGGGCCCCUCCUCAACUCUUGAAUAAGGAAGACUACAACUCACUUGUUUAGGUUUCCAGAGAGGAGGCUGGGGUGUUUUCUGGGAGGUUGCCUGUUUCCUGGGAAGGCAUCUGUGGGGUGUGCAAGAGGAAUGAAUGAAGUUGUCCUGUUAAAUAAAGUAAUUCUAAGUAAUUGAUGAGAGGGAGCGGACUGACCGGACAAGUCGCUUCUGGUUGUGGUGUUUAUCGCAGCAACAGAAGCCUGACGGAUACAACUGAUCCCCUGAUUCUUCGUCCAAAGCUCUGUCAACUUUAAUUGCUCUGCAUCUGCUCUGCGUGCACAUAGAAUAAAGCAUCUCAGCGACAGGAGACCAUGAAUUUAGAGCUGCAUGCAAACACGCAUCUUUGGCAAUGGGAGUAUUCAUUUAGAAAUGGGGGGCCUGGAAUAUUUGAUAUUGUGUCCUAGUAGAGAAAAAGGCAUGGGAUUUCAGUUAAGAGUAUUUUGUCAUAUAUUAGUCAAGAGCUAAAUUUCACAUUUCUGUGUUAAAUAUCGGCAGAUCUGUGAGGUGGCUCAGUGGGUGAAGUCACUUGCUGCCAAGCUGAUGACCUGAGUUUGAUCUUCAGGCCCCACAUAGUGGAAGAAGAGAACCAUAACAGACUCCUACAAGUUGUCCUUUGACCCACAUACACAUACCAUGGUGCAUGCAUGUGUGCACAAAGGCAUUCAUGUGUAUGUGUGCACACACACACAGAGGGAGAGAGACAGACAGACACAUAUGCACAGUAAAUACAUAAAUAUAGUUUUUAAAGCUAUUUACCUUUUUAAAAAAAGAAGAAAUGGUCAGAACAUUUUCACAGGGCUGGCUUUGGGUCUAAUCUCAUUCAUUUACCUAAGGGUUUGGUUGAUUAUAUAUUUCUUAUGCAUGCAAAUCUCUCUGUAAUCAGGCCACAGAAAGAUGUCAGUAGAGAAUUUUAAAAGAACUGCAAAUUUCAUUGCUGUUUCCUCGCAUACUUAGAGAGCAAUUUGCAUACACACAGGCACCAUUGUAAAAUAGGCAUUAUGUUCAUUUGUAUUUUUCUGAAUUUCAAGAGCAAGUGAAUAAUCUCACCUGCAUCUGAGAUGACGAGUGAAAGGAACUUCAAUAAACAACUAAACUCAAUUGCAAUUUCUUUCAAACUGUGUUCAAUUAAAUGCCCAAUUAAUUUAAAUGGAUAGACUGUAAAUAAAAUAAUGCACAUGAUUAUCAUCUAAUUAGCACUGGCCAGCAUUAAAAUGUGCUCAUUAGUGAGUUGUAUAGUAUCCUAAGGCUCAUAAUUAGUAAUCAGGGUGUACGUGAUUGGCAUGGGUAGCUGCUGGGAUGUAGCUCCUCAACCCAAUAAAUCAGAGUUAGGACGAAAUGUGCCUUAUAAAAGAAAAGAGGGAUGCACAGCCAGCUGGUGAAUCGACAGUUUUCUCCUCUCUAUAAUUCAGUUGCAAUUCCUACUCUCAGACACAAAGAGAUAAAUCUAAGAACAACAGAACCUCUACAGAAAAAGAAAAAUGUGCACUCAAGAUGAAACAAGAGUCCCAAUAAUUACCAUGGAAGAAUACAAAAAGGGGGAAAAUGUACAAAAAUACCCCUUUGUGUUCAUUCGCUGGGAGUACGGAGUUCUAUUAUACGAAGUACAGACUCAAAGUAAAGAUAAGCAAGGUCUUAAACUUUCAUGAAAGUUGAAAAUUCUAAUAAUCACUUCAACAUGACUGUAACGCAUUUUGUAAUUGAGAGAGUAUACCUUGCCUUUACAAUUUCAGUAUGUUAGUGUGAAAUUAGCAGGCUGCAGCGGACAGGCACAAUGGAAGUUUUAUUUGUUGUUUUUAUAUAUAGGAAGCCAUCAUGGCAGGUGCUGUUGAUUGGCUACACUGUUUCCCUUUGUUUUCUCUAUUACAAGGGCUGGAAUUUCUUUACCUUUUCAGAAUCUCAUGCAGCUAGCGGUCAGGUGAUCCUGGCAGGCUUAUGAAACACAGACACUAGGCUCUGUGGGGGCUUUUCCUUCCUAAAUAAAGCCUGGACAGGGAAAACAGCCGUUUCCCUUCUUGCCUGGAUGCAAGCAGCCACACCGUGGUCUUUUGGACAAAGACUAUGGCACACUAUGGUAGCAGAGGAAAAAAGACAAAGCCUGGUUCCUCUUUCCCCUAACUGGUCACCAGCCUUGGCUCCUUUCCUCAACCACCUUGAUAAAAGACAAAAAGGCACAUUUUGCUUGCAUAAGGCCCUGGAAUAGUUUGUUGUGGUUGUUGAUUGUGAAUAAACACAACUUUAAAACAGGUUCUUAUUUAUGAGAAUAUUGAAAAAUAAGUAUAUGGAAAACUAAGCUAUACUAUGCUUAAAUGACCCUCAGAUAUGACCUUUAUAUUGAGAGGUGUUCUAAAAUGAUUUUUGCUUUUUUUUGUUUGUUUGUUUUUUUUUUUGUUUUUGGAGGCAGGUUCUUGUUAUUUAACUAAGUCUAGCCCAGAAUGGUCUAUAUAUCUCAGAUUACCUAGAACUCAGUUUCUCCUGCCGUAAUCUCCAAGUGCUGGGAUGACUAGCAUGUGCUAUCAUGUCUGGCUUUUAGAAUGAUCUCAAAGUUACUAAUUUAAAGGAGGAACCAGCUCAUCUGCUUGUAAGUUACUAUUGUGGAAAGGAUGGUGGAUGUUCCUGUAGCUUAUUUUAGUGGCUUUUCCAAAAUAUUUCACCUCCCCUGCUUUAAAUAAAGGAAGUUGUUAAUUAGGUACUUCA